AAGAAGGAUCCUUGAGGCCCAGCUGAGCUUCCUGCGGGUCUAACGCCCCCACCCCUUCAGGUUAUGGCCCUGCACCCCCGCAGAGUGCGCCUGAAGCCCUGGCUGGUGGCCCAGGUGGACAGUGGCCUGUACCCAGGCCUCAUCUGGCUGCAUCGUGAAUCUAAGCGCUUCCAGAUCCCAUGGAAGCAUGCCACGCGCCACAGCCCACAACAGGAGGAGGAGAAUACCAUCUUCAAGGCCUGGGCUGUGGAGACAGGCAAGUACCAGGAGGGGGUGGAUGAGCCUGACCCCGCCAAGUGGAAGGCCCAGCUCCGCUGUGCACUCAACAAGAGCCGUGAGUUCACUCUCAUGUACGAUGGCACCAAGGAGGUGCCCAUGAACCCCGUGAAGAUCUACCAGGUGUGCGACAUUCCCCCAGCACAGGGCUCCAUUGGCAACCCAGGGUCCACCGGAUCUGCACCCUGGGAUGAGAAGGACAAUGAGCUAGACGAGGAGGAUGAGGAAGAUGAGCUGGAUCAGUCUCAGCACCAUGUUCCCAUCCAGGACACCUUCCACUUCCUGAACAUCAGCGGCUCCCCGAUGGCCCCAGCCAGUGUGGGCAACUGCAGCCCCGAAGCAGCAUGGCCCAAGACGGAGCCCCUGGAGAUGGAAGUGCCGCCAGCCCCCAUGCAACCCUUCUACAGCUCUCCAGAACUGUGGAUCAGCUCACUGCCCAUGACCGACCUGGAUAUCAAGUUCCAGUAUCGUGGAAAGGAGUAUGGGCCGGCCAUGACCGUCAGCAAUCCCCAGGGCUGCCGCCUCUUUUAUGGGGAUCUGGGUCCCAUGCCUGACCAGGAGGAGCUGUUUGGGCCCGUGAGCCUAGAACAGGUCCGCUUCCCUGGGCCUGAACACAUCAGCAACGAGAGGCAGAAGCAGUUUACCACCAAGCUCCUGGAUGUCAUGGAUCGCGGGCUGAUCCUGGAGGUGAGCGGCCACGCCAUCUAUGCUGUGCGCUUAUGCCAGUGCAAAGUGUACUGGUCUGGGCCCUGUGCACCUUCGCCCGCUGCACCCAACCUCAUCGAGAGGCAGAAAAAGGUCAAGCUCUUCUGUCUGGAGACUUUUCUCAGUGAGCUCAUCGCCCACCAAAAGGGACAGAUUGAGAAGCAACCGCCGUUCGAGAUUCACCUGUGCUUCGGCGAGGAGUGGCCAGACGGGAAGGCCCCAGACAGGAAGCUCAUCCUUGUCCAGGUCAUUCCAGUGGUGGCCCGCAUGAUCUACGAGAUGUUUUCAGGGGACUUCACACGUUCCUUUGACAGUGGCAGCGUCCGUCUGCAGAUCUCCACCCCAGACAUCAAAGACAACAUUGUAACCCAGCUGAAGCAGCUCUACCGCAUCCUGCAGACCCAGGAUGGCUGGCAGCCUGUGCCACCUGCUCCCAGCCUGCAGCUGCCCCCCACGCUGCCUGCGCAGUAGCCCAGUCUCCUUGCCUCCUGCCCUCUGAGCUGCCCCCCUGCCCCAGCUGUGCCCCAGACUGCUGCCCCUCGCCAGGCAGGCCGGCUUCCUGCUGUUUUUUUUUUUUUUUAUAGACGAGACUGUACAUACAGAUGGUUUUUUUUAUUUGGAUCGAACCAGCUUUGCUGCCCUUUUCCUAGCGCCUUGGUUGUCUGUGACCCUUCAGCUCUGCUUAGGCUCAAUGUUGAUUUAAUUUAUGGAAAAAAAAA